UCUCUCUCUCUCUCUCUCUCUCUCUCUCUCUCUCUCCUCGCUCAAUCUUCCACCCAACUUUUCUCUGCUUCAUUUUGUUCUCUCAUUAGCUUUAUCUAUUUAUGCCUGCAACAAAUUCACUACACAGUACGCUACUCAAUUUCAUUAGGAUAAUGGAUUUCAUACAUGUACCUCACAACUUGUAUCAUAUUAUUGUUACUAUUGUAAAUCUUGGGCUUCAACUACUGUGGUACUUUCUGCAAAUCAUUGUCAGCGCUUGGUAUUACAUAUUAGCCGUGGGUAAUUUGUUUGAGAGCUAUUUCAUCUCUUAUGGAGUAUUGAAAAAAUACAAGUCUCUUCGUAUAGGAAAGCUUCGGUACCUUGCCGUUGUCAUAGAGAGUGAAGAUGCUUAUCAAACAUCAAAGGUUGUUAAACUUUUGCAGUGGCUGGACUCAAUUGGUGUUAAAAAUGUAUGCCUUUAUGACAUGAAUGGAGUGUUGAAAAAGUCAAAGGUGGCCAUAUUUCAAGAAAUGAAGAAUGCAAAAUCCAUAGAGGAAGUUAAUGAUGCUGUGACACACCAUGUACCAGAUCACAUGACCCUAGAAUUUGUUUCUUAUGUUGAUGGGAAGGAAGCAGUGGCCAAAGCAGCUAACUUGAUUUUUGUUGAGAAUUCGAAACGACAUAACUUAGGUGGAGAACUGGAUUGCCAGAUAUUAUUAGAGUCUCACCUGAAUCAGGCACUGCAAAUUGUUGGUUGCAAAGGCCCUGAACCUGACCUUUUACUGGUUUAUGGACCUGUUAGGAGCCAUCUUGGUUUUCCUGCCUGGAGAAUUCGGUAUACAGAGAUAGUGCAUAUGGGAUCGUUGAACUUCAUGAGACACGGUUCCUUAAUUAAAGCCAUUUACAACUUCACAAAAGUGCACCAAAAUUAUGGUACAUAGAAAAGGGAAUGAAUGAGAAGUAAAUUAUAACUGUGCAAGUCCAAAGAAUAGGCGUGAAGAAUAGAAACCUACCUAGCUAAGCAUCUUGCUGGUAAUGUGUAAAUUGUAAACUUCAUAUUUUUGAAAACGUGUAUGGUAAUUGGUAUAGUUUAAGUGCACUUUUUUAACAAAAAAAAGAAAGAAAGAGUAACACAAGCUUAAGAGCAAUUUUUACAGACUUCAUGUUUAUUUUACAAUGGUUUUAGAUAACAUGUCUUGUAAAUAUAUAAUUUAUGCUACAUUUUAAAAUAUAUUUUACUGCAUAUAGUUUUAGAAUUAGUUAUUGUAAAUUUGAAGAUUACGAUAUAAAAAUGGAAAGGGAGGUAAAGUGUAAGAAAAAAGGGCAAAAAACUUGUCCUCUUCGUUAAAAAACUGAAAAAUGUGUGAAUGGGAAAAUAUCCAAAGUUACAACCAACUUUGUGCCAAUCACAGUAGAAGUUUCCUGGAAAGUUCCAGAAAAAUAACAUAUUUAUACUGACAUGUUUUAGGAGAGGGAUUUAGCCAAAAGGAUUUCGUCUGCAACAUUAAGAUUUCCCCCAUUAAAAAUGAUAUUAUUUCUAGCAAAGCCAAAUUGCCCUACAAACCAAAAUAAUAGCCUAAAACCUUUAUUAAUCUUGCCUUUCAUCAACCUGUCAAAGAACAACACAUGCUUGAAAAUGCUGGUGGCAGCAGAAGUAGGAGUGCAACCAUGUCCAAUCCACUCCAACACUUUGCUCCAAAUUAACGCAACUUUUGGUCACAGCAAAAACAAAUGAAUGUGAGUUUCAUUAGUACCAAGACACACCAGACAAUGUAUUAUAAUGACCAAUGAUGAUACCUCGCUUUACUAACUCGUCUUUUGUUUGGAGACGGUUGAGGAAAAGCUGCCACGAGAACACUUGGAUGUUAGAUGUAAUAUUAGCCUUCGCAGAGUCUAAGAAAGCUCUGGAGAGAUUGAAGAGUUGUCGCUAGAGAGAGCUUGGAGACGGAGGAAAGCAGAUUUGACUGAGUAGCAGUCCAAGUUACACCACUAAAUAAACCGAGUUUUGGGCAUAAGCAGAGGGAGAGAUCGAGAUAAGAUGCAAUUGAGCUCCUCCUUCUCCAAAGCUACAGCAACCGGCAGCGGGCCUUGAGCUGAAGAAAAGGACCACUGCCAAAUACCACCUGCCCGCAUUCCAGAAUCAUUAACUUUGAUUUGUUAACCUGCAAAUAGCCAAACACAACAUCAAAUUGCAACAUUAAAGGCCUAACGCCUAUCCAAUGGUUCCUCCAAAGAUCAAUACAAGAAAUGUCCCCUAAUUUACAUGAAACGCUAUUACCGAACCAGUUGGUAUCAUCGCCGGAAACCCCAAUGCAAAGCCUUAAAUCUCUCCACCAAAUAAACCACUUGUGAGAAUUAACCUGCCACGAAGAGUCAAUGAUUAAACCGCCAUAUUUGUGCUCUAGUAGAGAAUACCAAAUUGUAUCUUCAUCACUGUUUGAAACAAUUCACCAAGCUCAUUUACAAAGGCAUUCGAUUAUUUGAUUUAGUAUAGGUGAUUGCCUAAUCUGUUUAAUAAAUGCCGCACUUUAUUGAAAAUUUCAAAAAAUCUGGAUAUUACAAGUGCAAUUGUAUUUGUUGCAAUUACAAAUGUGAUUUUGGUUUGUAUCCAUUUACAUUCAUGAUUCAUUUGGGAAAUACUCUUUCCAUCUUAUGUGGUGCGCCCGACACUUCUUAUGUUGUGCGCCCAACACUUCGGGAAAUCCAAAAAUGUCAUUUCAUUGUUCGGAAAUGCAUCUCCGGGCGCACCUAAAAUCAUACAAGUUUUCGUAAUUCAACCACACGCCUCAUUUUUACCAAAAUAUGGUUCAGAGAUGCAUCUCUGUAAAAUUUUUGGGGUGUAUCUGGAGAUACAUCUUCGAAAUAUCCCCAGAAGUCAUUUAAAAGAUAUUGGAGAUACGCCUUAUUUUAGAGAUGUAUCUUCGAAAAUCCUUUGAAUGAUUUCAAGGCAGCAACAAUUUCCU